CGCCGCACAGAAACCUGAUGACCCCGAACCCAUUCGGGUCGGCACCACCCCCGUCCCCCUAUAUAAGCCUCACUCUCUCGACUCGCCUCCAAAACCCUAGAACCCGCCCCUCCGCCGCCGCCGCCGCCGCAGACCGUCACUGCUCGCCGAACGCCGCCAUGGGUAUCGACCUCGUCGCCGGCGGCCGGAACAAGAAGACCAAGCGCACCGCGCCCAAGUCCGACGAUGUCUACCUCAAGCUCCUCGUCAAGCUGUACCGCUUCCUGGUUCGGAGGACCAAGAGCGACUUCAACGCCGUGAUCCUGAAGCGGCUCUUCAUGAGCAAGACCAACCGCCCGCCGCUCUCGCUCCGCCGCCUCGUCAAGUUCAUGGAGGGCAAGGAGAACCAGAUUGCUGUGAUCGUGGGCACCGUAACCGACGACAAGAGAGUCUACGAGGUGCCGGCGAUGAAGGUGGCUGCGCUCAGGUUCACUGAGACGGCGAGGGCCCGGAUCGUGAAUGCUGGCGGCGAGUGCCUCACCUUUGACCAGCUGGCGCUCCGUGCGCCUCUUGGCCAGAACACGGUUCUGCUGAGGGGACCUAAGAAUGCUAGGGAAGCUGUGAAGCACUUUGGCCCAGCGCCUGGUGUGCCUCACAGCCACACCAAGCCAUACGUCCGCUCCAAGGGAAGGAAGUUUGAGAAGGCAAGAGGAAGGAGGAACAGCAGAGGCUUCAAGGUCUAAGCUGUCGUGUCUUAUCCAUGUGGUCUCACCUAGUGGACUAAAUAGGUUUUGCUUGAGCCUGAGUUCUAUGUUAUUACCUCAGUUCAAGACUUUUGAGGGCUCUGUUAUUUGUAUACUGGUUCCAGGAUCUGCUCAAUUUUGCCCUGAAUUUGCGUUUUGUAUUGGAAUUUGCAAGUGUUUUUGGCAGUAUUAUGCCCUAGAUGCUAAGUAUAAAUCUUUCUAAACACCA